AUAGCAGCAACAACAACAACAACAACAACCCAGUUAAAUCCCACAAGAGUAGGGUCUGGGGAGGGUGUGUGUACGCAGACCUUGCCCCUACUCGAAAGUAGAGAGGCUGUUUCCAAAGAGACCCCCGGCUCAACGUCGAAAGUUGCAUUGCUUGACUAACUGCUACUUCAUUAAUUAAAGAAGCACAAAUAGUUUAGAUAUCCAUUUUGAUUUAUUUCAUCACACCCCAAAGCCAAAAACAGUUAUGUUGAUGGAUCUGAACCAUCACCACCGGCUCUUAUUCUUGAUGAGAAGGCUACGGCACCAAGCAAGGAUGCACCCCCGGUUAUGAAACCAAAUCCAGCGUAUGAAUCGUGGCUUAUUGUUGAUGCUCAGAUUCGGGCCUGUCUCCUUGCGAUUGUUUCCCCCACUGUUCAGACUCAUAUUCAUGCUCUUCUCACUUCUGCUGCAAUCUGGAAUCAUCUCGAACAACGGUACAAUUCUCUUUCACGCACUCAUAUUUUUCAACUGAAGAAGCGCUUGCACAGUGUUACUAAGGGCACUGAUUCAAUGCAAACGUACUUGGAUACUGUUCUCACCAUUAUGUCGUCUCUCAAAUUGGCACAUGAAGAUAUCUCUGAACAAGAUAUUAUUUUGUGUGUGCUUCGCGGUCUACCGGCCGACUACGCCUCUCUCAAGCAAAACAUUCGCACCAAUAUUGCCACAGUCACUUUUAAUCAAGUCUCUUCGUGGCUUCUCUCUGAAGAAUUGAACUUAUCAUUUGAGAAGAGAUUGUCUCUGGGGGACUCUGGCUCUACCUCGUCUGUUGACAUCCAUAGUGCUCUUUACACCAAUUCCGGACGGGGCACUGGACGAGGCCGUGGCCGUGGGCCGUCACGAGGCCGAGGAGGGCCGUAUCGCGGCGGUAACCCCAGCGGCAGGGGUGGCCGGCAGCCGCUGAGCCGUGAUGAUCCGCGCGGCAGAGGUGGCGGACGAGGGGCGUCUGUCAUAUGCCAACUAUGUGGGAAGCCCGGCCAUGCGGUCUGGAACUGUUGGCACCGCUACGACGAAUCCUAUACUGGCAUCUGGACACUGGCGCAAACACCCAUGUCACGCCUGAUUUGUCUCGGCUGCAUACUUUGACUCCGUACCAUGGCACCAAUUCCAUCACAACUGCAGGAGGUAACACAUAUCCCAUUGACCAUACAGGCUCAGAGAUCAGAGAAGAAUGCUUCUUUAAUUUGUAUCCCCAAGAAUGAUAGUUUUGACUUUUGAGAUUCACAUAAACACUAACACACGUACACUUGGUGAAAGACCAAAGCACUAGUGGAUGCUAGCUACAUUAUGAUUGAUUAAUUCAUUUGAUACAUGCUCAUUGGACAAAUACAUACACUUUGUUUUAAAAAAAAAACUGGGUGAAAAU